UUGUCCCUCCAGGACCCGCCCUAUGAGGUAUGGCCGUGGGCUGGGCCUCCAGGCAGCCAGAGGCCCCAGAGAAGCAGAGAAGCGCUCAGAUCUACAGCAACCUGCUGAGUGCCCUAGGCGGCCCCUGCCAGCCUGGCAGACACUCACUGGCCCCUCUGCCCUGCACCACUGACAUCUGAUGCCCUGCGAUGCCCACACCUAAUACCUCUGCCCCCCUGCCCGCUUUCUGGGUCAAUGCGUCUGGAGGCAGCGUGCUGAGUGCUGAUGAUGCUACGAUGCCUGUUGGAUUCCUAGCCCUGAGGGUCAUGGUUGCCCUGGCCUAUGGGCUUGUGGGGGCCGUCGGCUUACUGGGAAAUUUGGCUGUGCUGUGGGUGCUGGGUAACUGCGCUCGGAGAGCCCCUUGCCCACCUUCUGACACUUUUGUCUUCAAUCUGGCUCUGGCAGACCUGGGGCUGGCACUCACUCUUCCCUUCUGGGCAGCUGAGUCGGCGCUGGACUUCCACUGGCCCUUCGGAGGUGCCCUCUGCAAGAUGAUCCUGACAGCCACCGUCCUCAACAUCUAUGCCAGCAUCUUCCUCAUCACGGCGCUGAGUGUUGCCCGAUACUGGGUGGUGGCCAUGGCUGGGGGACCAGGUACCCACCUCUCGCUCUUCUGGGCCCGUGUGGCCACCCUGGCAGUGUGGGUAGCAGCUGCCCUGGUGACGGUGCCCACGGCUGUCUUUGGGGCUGAGGGCGAGUUGUGUGGUGUGCGGUUGUGUCUGCUGCGCUUUCCCAGCAGGUAUUGGCUGGGGGCCUACCAGCUGCAGAGGGUGGUCCUGGCCUUUAUGGUGCCACUGGGCAUCAUCACCACCAGCUACCUGCUGCUGCUGGCCUUCCUGCGACGGCGGCGACAGCGACGGCAGGACAACAGGGUUGUGGCCCGCUCCAUCCGCAUCCUUCUGGCUUCCUUCUUCCUCUGCUGGUUCCCCAACCAUGUGGUCACUUUCUGGGGUGUCCUGGUGAAGUUUGACUUGGUGCCCUGGGACAGCACUUUCUACACCAUCCAUACCUAUGUCUUCCCUGUCACCACCUGCCUGGCACACAGCAACAGCUGCCUCAACCCCGUGCUGUACUGCCUCCUAAGGCGGGAGCCCCGGCGGGCCCUGGAAGACACCUUCAGGGACCUGAGAGCAAGGCUGUGGCCGCAGGGCCGGGGCUGGGUGGAACAGGUGGCCCUAAAGGAAGUGGGCAGGCGGUGGGAGGAGAUCACCCCUGGGGAUGGUGGCCCUUCUGCCAUGCCCACCAAGCGGGACAAAGGGACAGCUGGGUGAAGGGAGCAAGCUAACCCCCCUCUUUCUGGGGGUCUGCCAGGUCAGGUGCAGGAUCCACGCAUCCCAGGGAGAGAAAAGCUGGCUUCUCUGCUGUAAUGUAACGCCCUCAGGGAGAGUCUGAUCUUUGAUCCCCAAGUCUGGCUGUGGGAGAAUGGGGGAGGCCGGGGCCCAGAUCAGGGCCGGGUAGGAAGAACCAGAAGUCUCCACGUGGAGGUGGGAAUGAAGAGGAUCUGAGAAUAAACCUCUGGAGCAUCCA